ACUCUUAGAUUAGGAUUAGAUUAGGCGGGUGUAGCUGAUUUGCUAUCUGACAGAGGAGGAACCUGACCCGAGUGACCACAUCCUGAACUCUGACCCCUGUCAGAGUCUGCUCAUUGUCACACACCAACAUGUCGUUGAGUGGUGGAUCUCUGAGGGGACUCAGCGUUCCCUGGAGGAACAACAGCCUCAUGUUUGGAGGAGGACAAGACCCUCCACUGUCUGACCACGGAGAAACCGUCAUCGGUGUUUACCUGCUGCUGCUGGGUUGGCUCUCGUGGUUUGGAAACAGCGUGGUUCUCUUCGUGCUCUGCAGACAGAAGGGGGCGCUUCAGCCCACAGACUAUCUGACCUUUAACCUUGCUGUGUCUGAUGCCAGUGUCUCAGUGUUUGGUUACUCCAGAGGAAUCAUUGAGAUCUUUAACAUCUUCCAGGACAGUGGUUUCAUGAUCAAGUCCAUCUGGACCUGCCAGGUGGACGGUUUCUUCACUCUGGUGUUUGGACUGAGCAGCAUCAACACUCUGACAGUGAUUAGCAUCACACGCUACAUUAAAGGAUGUCACCAGAGCAAAGCUCGUCACAUCAGCAGAUUCUCUGUCUCACUGUGUCUCGUCUUGAUCUGGACCUCAGCUGGAUUCUGGUCUGCAGCUCCACUUCUUGGCUGGGGAAGCUUCACAGAUCGUGGUUAUGGGACAUGUGAGAUUGACUGGACCAAAGCUUCGUCCUCCAGUGUCCACCGCUCUUAUAUUGUCUCCGUCUUGGUCUCAUGUUUCUUUGUCCCGGUACUCAUCAUGUUCUUCUGCUACGUGUCAAUCAUCAACACGGUGAAGCGAGGCCACGCCCUCUCGGCAGAGGGCGUGGCCUCGCUUCAUCUGAGUGACCGUCAGAGGAAGAUGGAGCGAGACGUCACCAUUGUGUCCAUCGUCAUCUGUACGGCCUUCAUCUUGGCCUGGUCUCCGUACGCCGUGGUGUCCAUGUGGUCUUCAUGUGGUUUUCAUGUCCCAAACCUGACCAGUGUCUUCACGCGUCUCUUUGCUAAGUCGGCCAGUUUUUAUAACCCGCUCAUCUACUUUGGUCUGAGCUCCAGGUUUCGAAAAGACGUGCUUGUGCUGUUGCCGUGUGAACGCAGAGUCAAAAACUCUGUCAGGCUGAAGCGCAUUAAUACCCAAGGUGGCCUCGUCACAGGAGGUGGAGCCAGACUCAAAGUUCCUCUAAACCAAUCAGAGAGUAAGCAUUCAUCAGAGGACCGGCCCAAGCCGCCUCCCACCUCAGACGGAACAGUUCAAACUCCACCCUUCACACCGCCGCAGGUUUUCUUCAUGGACGUGCCGCAAGCGUCCGAGCUUCUCUCUGAAUAUGAAUGUGAGAGACUGUGACGAGCCGCAGGGGGCGCUGCAGUCACAGUAACAGUUCAUAAAAGUAAAAGUCUGUUAGUUUGUUACAUUAAGUUUGUAAACAAAUCAAAAUCAAAUCAAUGCAAUAUCAGAAAAAUAAAU